AUGAACGCUCGUCCGCUUACGAUCAUCACAGGGGGCAAUCGGGGAUUGGGAUACGAAUUAUCUCAUCAGCUGUUCAAAAUCCAUCAUCAUGAUAUACUACUGACUGCCCGCGAUAUCAACAAGGCUAGAGAGGCAGCUACGCGCAUAUCAUCUGGAGUGAAUAAUGGAAAUAGCAUACGCACUGCACAGUUGGAUGUCUCCUCGUCGGAAUCCAUCUUGCGAUUUGUGUCGGAUGAACUCGAUCCGCUGUUGGCCUCCUUGGCGCAACAAGGCAAUGGCCAAUCUCUUGUAACGCUUGUCAAUAAUGCCGGGAUUUACGGACAAGGGUGGAGAGAGACACUGGUGACGAAUGUUGUAGGUCCCGGUCUUCUCUCACGCAAGUUUCUGGAGAUUCUUCCGCAGACAUUAAAGGGAAGAAUUGUUAAUAUGACGAGUGGGCUGGGGAAUGCGGCAAAUCUCCCAUCGACGUUGUUACGGCAACUUGAAGCGCAACCUCCAAAGUCCCCGGAAGAAAUAGUAAAGUGGGCGGGAAAUUGGGAGCAGGACGAAACCGGACACGCAAACCCGUACAAUCUGUCAAAGCAUUUACUAAAUUACAUGACAGAGCUACAUGCAAAGGAAGGACAUGGGCGCGCGAUUGCUGUCAUCGCUGUCGACCCAGGCUGGGUACAAACAGACAUGGGCGGACAGGGUGCCCCUGGUACCAUCCAGCAGGGUGUUGAUAGGAUGCUUGCGCAGGUGCUUGCGGAUGAGCAUGAAAGCAUGAAACGAAGCGGGAAGGUGUUUGGUGAUGGUGGGACGUGUUAUGAUUGGAAAAGACACUGA